AUGAGCGACUGGGAUGAGUCGACGCUACAGCGUGACAUCAAAACCGAGGGCCAUGCGCCUACCUACACCAAGCUUUAUAAUGCCACGUACAACCCGCGAGUAUCGUACCACUACAACCCAGAUGUCAGCAAGUACCACUACGGGGUGCGGCAUCCAAUGAAGCCGUUCCGACUUAUGCUCACGGACCAAUUGGUGAUCAGCUACAAACUCCACGAACAGAUGGACUUGUACUAUCCGCGCCGCGCAACCAAGGACGAGCUCACGGCGUUCCACUCCGAAGAUUACGUUGAUUUUCUCCGGCAGGUGACGCCCGACAACUCCAGCAAGUACCUCGAAGCGUUGCGCGAGUUCAACAUUGGGGACGACUGUCCGGUGUUUGACGGGAUGUACGACUACUCUUCGAUCUAUGCGGGUGCGCUGUUGGACGCCACGCGCAAGCUCAUCUCAGGGACAUCUGACAUUGCGAUCAACUGGUCGGGCGGGCUUCACCACGCCAAGAGGACAAUGCCGUCUGGCUUCUGCUACGUGAACGAUAUCGUGCUCAGCAUCCUAAACCUCCUCCGUGUGCACCCGCGUGUGUUGUAUAUCGAUAUCGAUAUCCACCACGGUGAUGGGGUCCAGGAGGCGUUUUACACCACGGACCGUGUCAUGACGGUGUCGUUUCACAAAUACAACGGCGAGUUUUUCCCCGGGACCGGCAACUUUGACGAGAUCGGGGUCAAGAAGGGCAAGCACUACUCGGUAAACGUGCCAUUGCGCGACGGGAUCGACGAUGAUUCGUAUAUCCGGCUUUUCAAGUCGGUCAUGGAGCCCCUCAUCACGUCCUUCCAGCCCAGCGUGAUUGUCCAGCAGUGCGGGGCCGAUUCUCUUGGCGGGGACCGGCUUGGCUGCUUCAACUUGAACAUCAAGGCCCACGCAGAGUGUGUGAAGUUUGUCAAGUCGUUUGGGCUUCCGAUGUUGGUUCUUGGCGGCGGCGGAUACACUCCACGGAACGUCUCGCGGCUCUGGUGCUACGAAACGAGCGUCAUAACGGAUGUCCAGCUAGAGGGGAAGCAGGUUCCGAGUAGCGUUCCGUUCCGCUCGUACUUUGCCAAAGAGAACUAUUUGUUGCAUCCGUACCUAGGGGAGCGGAUCGACAACAAGAACACAAAGAAGUACUUGGAGAGUGUGCGGAUCCAGAUUUUGGAGCAGUUGCGGUUUUUAAACGGUGCGCCGUCGGUCAGCAUGAGCGAGAUCCCGCCGGACAUUGGGGGGAUUACCGAGGAGGAGGAGCAGGCGUUGCGCGAGUUGAAUGAGGAGAUGGAGGUGAAUAAAAAUAGAAGCGAGGGUGGGGUCAGACAGUUGUGGGAUGAGAAGGAUGAGGCGAGGAAGGGAGAAUUGGUUGACUAG